CUCCGUGACUGCUUCAGUCCAGAGUCCAGACUGUUCUCGUGUGGGCACUAGUCACUAUCUGCUGCUGCUGCUGCUAUUGAUACUGAAUCCGCAGCCAUCAAAGUGGAGAGGUGCAGAAGAGUGCAUGGCCAGCCAGCGAGCCAGCCAGAAAGCCAGAAUCGUGCCUGCUGUCUGUUGCCUACUCCGAGAUAAUAUGGCAACUUCACGAUGAUCACGAUUGACACACGCCGGUUUUUUUCCAGUCGGUGUUGUCAACGUCAAAUUCCAAGGCCAGCAGUUGAGACGAUCAUCAUUCUGCCGCAGAUUUAAGAACGAGUCCACAGUACCUACUCGGACUCAGACAUAUUAUUAUUACACCUUCCUCGUAUGGGACUAACCAAGACGAGCUCGUUCAGCAGGCGGCGUACUCUGAGACCACCGAGUUAUCAGACUCGUCUUACAAACUCUCUGAAUUCGGACAAAAUCUGUCUGCAUGUUGCAGAGGAAGAUCGAGUUCGUGGAGAUGAGAUGGAACUUUGCUCCGGGUUGGCUUAUUAUUGUUAGGCAGAGGGAGCCAGCGGCGCGAAGCUUGUGCGGCUGAGAAUGUGGCCUUCCAGCUCUCAGCCCCAGGACUCUUCCAACUCUCAACGCUACUACUACUACUACUACUACUACUCCUGCUGCUGCUGCUGCUUGUGCUGCUCACAGCCCAAAUUGCCUUGCAGCCAUGCUGAAGGUUCGGGUGAAAUCUGGAUGACGGCUAGCCCGAGAGAGGAUCGGUUCUGACUGAUCCGCCGCUGCUCUCAUCGGUCCAGACAUCUGCAGGUCCGGGUCCAGCAGCAGAUCCUUCGAUCGAUCGAUCGAUCGAAGGAAGCGAAUUUUGGUGGAGAGGCGAAUUGCGGUCGAUGGUGGGCGAUCGAUCGACGUAGACAGAGAGGGAGAGGGGGAGGGGACGCCAUGGGGGGAAUGAUCCAGCAGAACUGCUGCAAGGAUACGUUCUGGAUGUACAUCGGGGCGAUCGUGGGGCUGCUGGCGUUCUCGGGGCUCAUGUCGGGGCUGACGCUGGGGCUCAUGUCGCUGGGCCUGGUUGACCUGGAGGUGCUGAGGCGGUCGGGCAAGCCCGACGACCGGCGCCACGCGGCGAAGAUUUUGCCCGUGGUAAGGAACCAGCACCUGCUGCUGGUGACGCUGCUGGUGGGCAACGCCAUGGCCAUGGAGGCGCUGCCGCUCUUCCUCGACUCCGUCGUGGACACUUACGUGGCCAUCAUUCUCUCGGUGACUCUGCUGUUGAUGUUCGGCGAGAUCCUGCCGCAGGCUGUCUGCUCGCGCUACGGGCUGGCCGUGGGUGCCGCCGUGGCACCGCUGGUGCGCGUGCUGCUGUUCGUCAUGUUCCCCGUGGCCUUCCCGCUCAGCAAAAUGCUCGACUGGAUGCUGGGCGAGAAGCACGCGCUGCUCUUCGGCCGGGCCGAGCUGCGCACCCUGGUGGACAUGCACAGCCACGCGGCGGGCAACGGUGGCCAGCUCAGCCGCUCCGAGACCAGCAUCAUCUCCGGCGCGCUCCAGCUGGGCGAGAAGACCGCCGGUCACGCCAUGACGCCCCUCGGGCGCACCUUCUCCGUCGACCUCCACUCGCGCCUCGACCGCGCCGCCCUGGCGCGCAUUCUAGCCAGCGGCCACAGCCGCGUCCCGGUCUUCGCCGGCGCGCCGUCCAACCUCGUCGGGCUCGUGCUCGUCAAGAGCCUGCUCUGCGUCGACCGCCCGCGCGACGACGUCCCCGUCGCGGCCCUCGCCAUCCGCCCCAUCCCCCGCGUCGCGGAGGCCACGCCGCUCUACGACCUCCUGCACGAGUUCCUGCAGGGCCGCUCCCACAUGGCCGCCGUGGUUCGGCCCGUCGCCGCCCCAGCUCGCCACCACGUCGUCGCCUUCGACCACGUACCCCAGAAACUCAGUCCCUCCGAAGGUCCGCAACAAGGCCCCGUUCCCAGCCCCGCCGGCGAGGAUGCUCGACAGCAGCGGGAGCACAGUCAUCACGCUCCAGCGACGGGUCUGGCCAAUGGAAGUGUGCCGCGUAGGGUGCAGCCGUGGCCGUCGUGGGCUGAGGAGGACGGCGAAGUGGUGGGGAUCAUAACGCUCGAGGAUGUGCUGGAGGAGAUUCUGCAGGAGGAGAUUUGGGACGAGAAGGACCGGUCCGCCGGGGAGCUUUGCGCCACGGGUAUUCCCGAGGACCGGCCCUGGACACAGAAGCCCGUUCCCGGGCAGGCCUCGGAGCAGCCGUCGACUCCCAAGGACCGAGGCCCGAUGCCGAUGCCGGCAUACCGGUACUCGAUUUCCGCCCCGGGGUCGCCGAAGCGGAAUGCCACCGCCUCGGCUCCGGAUCAGCAGCAGCAGCCUCCGAAGCGGGUGUCGGCGGCUUCGGCUCCGGGCUCCCCGACCCACCACGUUCGGGUGGCCGCAGGCGCCCAGCGCAGCGGGUCGUCGGCCCCCGUGUCUCCGAACGUCGUCUACGUGGCUUCCCGAGGCUCGGCCUGUGUACGGCUCGGGAACCGCGCCUCGGUGGCCGCCGUGAACGAGCCGCCCGUCGCCAUCAACAGCCGGAUCCACAUGCACCGGGUGCUCUUCACGAGCUCGAACGCGCCGUCGAACCCCUCGCGAGAGCUCGAGCGCCCCAAGACGGCGCCGGGCAAUAUGUAGCCAUUGCGCCACAUUGCGCUACCUCGACGACAGACGAGGGACGAUUCUGGAGCAACCGCAAGCGCCGACCUCAACCUCGACCUCUUGCCCGAGCCGUGGAGCGCAGAGCAAAGCGAUCAGCCAGCCAGCCAAGCCCUCCCUCGGACGCUUCUCUUUUCUUCGAAGGAACUAGUGCCUGUCUGCCUGAACGUGAUGGGCCGCAGGGCGAGAUCGACCUCGGGUCGUCGGGUUUGGACGACCGUCGAUGGUGCAUGGCUUGGCAUGCCCCGAUCGAGAGGAUGACAGGUCGAGGGAGCAUGGAGGAAUUUAGCGGUGCCUUCUCCACCGUUGCAGCGUGAUGUUACCCGGAUGAUUUCGAAUUGUGGGCGCAGCGUGUGGCAAAUUUUGCUUCUGCUGGAGGCGGUCUCGGCUUCCCUUCAGCCUUCGGCCUUAGGUGACAGACGUUUAGACACCCUUCAAGCCAGCUUUUAGAUGGGGGUGAGGGCUAAAGACGGCGGCUACUAGAUGGAGCUCGAGGUUGUGCGAGCGAAAGCAGCUGCACUCUUUCAGACCCAAAUGUCUAUGGUUGUUUCCGAUAGUGGACUUCCCUAUCCGCCCUGCCUGACGAGAGAAGGUUCUGGCGGUGUAGGUUUCAGAAGGAUAUGUUUCGUGGCACCUUUACCUGUGAAGAACGGAUUACACGUAUGGACAAUAAGAAGCAAUAAUAUGAUCGUAGCCCUUACGCA